UCAAGCCAGUCACCGGCAGAGAUGUCUGAAGAUUCAGAAAAGGAAGACUAUUCAGACAGAACCAUCAGUGAUGAGGAUGAAUCAGAUGAGGAUACAUUCGUGAAAUUUGUAAGUGAAGAUAUUCAUCAUUGUACACUACUAACAGCUGACUCUAUUGUAGACCCGUUCUUCCCCCGGACUACACAGAUACUACUAGAGUAUCAGCUAGGAAGAUGGGUGCCACGCCUUCGUGAACCACGAGAUUUAUAUGGUGUCUCUUCUUCUGGUCCACUGAGCCCAACACGGUGGCCAUAUCACUGUGAGGUUAUUGAUGAAAAAGUUCAACAUAUUGACUGGACUCCUUUUUUUCCUGAGCCAGUGUAUAUCCCAACAGGCCUGGAAAUGGAACCCCUUUAUCCAAACUCCAAGGAAGAUACCGUGGUUUAUCUGGCUGAGGAUGCUUACAAAGAACCCUGUUUUGUGUAUUCCCGAGUUGGGGGAAACCGAACACCUUUGAAGCAGCCUGUGGAUAACUGUGACAGCACCUUGAUGUUUGAAGCAAGGUUUGAGAGUGGUAAUCUACAGAAGGUAGUCAAAGUGGCAGAGUAUGAAUACCAGUUGACUGUGCGCCCUGACCUCUUCACAAAUAAACAUACCCAAUGGUUCUAUUUCCAAGUCACUAAUACCAAAGCAGAAAUGGUCUACAGAUUCACUAUUGUCAACUUCACCAAGCCUGCUAGUCUUUACAAUCGGGGUAUGCGCCCACUGUUCUAUUCUGAAAAAGAGGCCAAGGCUCAUCAGAUUGGCUGGCAGAGAAUAGGAGACCAAAUCAAAUAUUAUAGAAACAACCUGGGGCAAGAUGGGCACCAUCUUUUCUCUCUUACAUGGACAUUCCAAUUUCCACACAACAAGGAUACCUGCUACUUUGCUCACUGCUAUCCAUACACUUACACAAAUCUGCAGGAAUACCUUUCUGGGAUCAAUAAUGACCCAAUACGGUCGAAGUUUUGUAAAAUACGCGUCUUGUGCCACACGCUUGCUAGGAACAUGGUGUAUGUUUUAACAAUCACUACUCCCUUGAAGAACACUGACUCAAGAAAGAGAAAGGCAGUGAUUUUGACUGCAAGGGUCCAUCCUGGAGAAACCAACAGCUCUUGGAUCAUGAAAGGCUUUCUAGAUUAUAUUUUAGGAGACUCAAGUGAUGCACAGCUGCUUCGGGACACUUUCGUCUUCAAGGUGGUGCCCAUGCUGAAUCCAGAUGGUGUGAUUGUGGGAAAUUACCGGUGUUCCUUAUCUGGACAAGAUUUAAACCGUAAUUACACAUCUCUCCUGAAGGAAACUUUUCCUUCUGUUUGGUAUACCCGGAACAUGAUCCAUAGGUUAAUGGAGAAACGAGAGGUUAUUUUAUAUUGUGAUCUUCAUGGCCAUAGUAGGAAAGAGAAUAUCUUCAUGUAUGGCUGUGAUGGUAGUGACAGGUCUAAAACCAAAGCACUGUACUUACAGCAACGAAUCUUUCCACUUAUGCUGAGCAAAAACUGUCCAGAUAAAUUUUCAUUCUCAGCUUGCAAGUUUAAUGUUCAAAGAGCAAAGAAGAACAGGAAGGUGGUGAUGUGGAAAAUGGGAAUCAGAAACAGCUUUACCAUGGAAGCCACCUUUUGUGGAUCUACUUUGGGUAAUAAACGAGGCACCCAUUUUAGCACAAAAGACUUGGAGUAUGGAUACCAUUUUUGUGAUUCUCUCUUGGACUACUGUGAUCCUGACCGGAGCAAGUAUUAUCAGUGCCUGAAAGAAUUAGAAGAAAUGGAAAAGCAUGUGAACAUUGAAAAAGUCUUUGAGGAUUCAGAUACUUCUCUGAUAGAAAUUACAUUGGAUCUAGAGUCUAGUAGCCGAGGCUCUGACAGUUCAGAAUCCAAUGAUUCUCACACUUACCUUCUCAAGCUAACUUCUCAGAAAAAACAUCUGAAAACAAAGAAGGAAAGAAAUGCAGCAAUAGCAUGCCACCAAAAUGCCAAAGAAGAGGUUUAUGGCAAUAAACAUUUGCUGCAAAGAUGUGAAGAAGCAAAUUCUGAUGUGAAAGAUACAAGGCCAGAUGUACCAGGUGAUUACAUAGCUGAUUAUUUCAGAAGACCAUUGCCUAAUCAAUAUUUGGAUCUGCCUAACAAUUCUAAAAGCAAAGUGAAAGAAUGCACAUCUUUCCAAAGCAAAAAGACUGGCAUAAAUUGGACAGAUGAUGAAAAAAGAAUCUACAGGGAUAAAAGAAUAGCUCAAACUCAAGAAAUAUUAGAAUAUUUGCUACCUAUCAUGGAAAGCCCUAAAACUAGGGAAACCACUCAGAUAUUCAAUCCAAGAACCAACUACAAAAUCCAACAUCA